GGGAUUUAAAACUUUUAACCGCAACAGGAGAGUCCUUUCAGCACGGCCGGCAUCGAGGGUCACAGCGCACAAGGUAAUUAGAAGAUGGCAGUGCACAUCCCAGGUCUGUUAGCUGUCAUUGUGUUUUAUGUGAUUAUCCUCAUCACUGGCAUCUGGGCAUCAAGAAAGUCCAAAAGAGAGGAGGAAAAAUGCACAGGAGAGCAAAGCGAAGUAUCAGUGGUAGGCGGAAGAAACCUCAGUGCCUGGGUGGGUGUGUUCACAAUGACUGCCACUUGGAUCGGAGGUGGUUUUAUUCUUGGAACUGCAGAAAUGGUUUAUAAUCCAUCAGCAGGACUGGUCACAAGCCUGGCACCUGUAGGAUUUUCACUCAGCCUUAUUAUCGGAGGACUAUUUUUUGUGAAGCCGAUGAGAGUUAAGAAUUAUGUAACCAUGAUGGACCCAUUCCAGAUUAAAUACGGAGAUACACUGACAAGCGUAUUUUUCAUUCUGGCAUUCAUUGCUGACAUAAUGUGGGUAGCCUGUGUUCUUGCAGCUUUGGGUGGUACAAUGACUGUCAUCCUUGACUUAGCUUCAUACCAGUCUAUCAUCAUCUCUGCAGCUGUUGCUAUAUUUUACACUUUACUAGGAGGCCUGUACUCUGUAGCAUACACUGAUGUUAUCCAGCUAAUCUUUAUUGCUGUCAGCCUGUGGUUCUGCAUUCCGUUCCUCAUGACAAACUCUGCAGUGACUGACAUCACCUAUACAGCCACCCAUGAAGUAUAUCAACUGCCAUGGAUUGGCAGUGUGGAUGAGAAGACAGUAUGGCCAUUAAUUGACAACCUUCUGUUAAUAAGCCUUGGGGGACUUUGCUAUCAGUCAUUUUUUCAACGUGUCCUGGCAGUGUCCACCACGCGGCAAGCUCAGGUGACAUGCUACGUGGCAGCCAUUUGUUGUUUCUCUUUGGGCAUUCCUCCCGUGCUCAUCGGAGCAGUCGCUGCAUCAACAGACUGGAAUCAGACCAGCUACGGUCUUCCCACCCCAUAUGAGAAAGGAGAGGCCAGCUACAUUUUGCCAAUUGUCCUUCAGCAUCUCUGCUCUGAAUACAUAGCUAUUGCCGGGAUUGGAGCUAUAGCUGCUGCUGUCAUGUCAUCAAUGGAUUCUGCGCUGCUCUCUUGCAGCUCCAUGUUUGCUCGAAAUAUUUACAAACAAAUAUUAAGGAAAAAAGCAUCUGACCGAGAGGUCCAAUGGGUGAUCAAAUUUGGAAUUCUUCUGUUUGGACUCACUGGCAUGGGCCUGGCAAUGUUAACCAAUUCAGUCUAUUCUCUAUUUUUAAUGAGUGGAGAGUUGAUAUACGCUGUGUUUUUCCCACAGCUGGUGUGCAUCAUGUAUCUCCCAAAGACUAACGCCUAUGGGGCAAUGGCUGGAUUAGUGGUGGGAACGGCAUUGAGACUUUUAAGUGGAGAACCUUUCUUACACAUUCCCCCUGUUAUUCAUUAUCCAGGCUGCACACUUAUAGAUGGAGUUUAUGUGCAGUUCUUCCCAUUAAAAACUCUUUCAAUGAUAGCUUCCUUCUUCACCAUUGUGUCUAUAUCCUAUUUAAUUUUAUUCCUUUUUAAAAGAGGCUUCCUACCUGAAAAAUGGGAUAUUUAUAAUUUGCAGGAAAAAGCUGCUGUGACACUUAAAACUAUUAACUUGAAAGAACACAAUGAAACAAUUUCUCUGGAUAAGAUGAACUGUGAAAAUGGUGCUGAAAGUAAUAAAUGAGUGGAGUUGUUAGUAUUAUAAUUACUACUAUUUUAAGGGUGGCCUUUAAUUGAAUUAGUUGGAAAAGCAUAGCACAUUUUUGUAACAUUAUUAUUAAAAAAGGAGUCCUCUCUGUCAUCUCAAAGCUGGGCUAAGUGUUUUUACGGUUGCUGGAGUGACAGUCCUGCCACCAACCCCCAUGAUUUCCCUGAAAUGACCCUUGGUAUGAUAUUAAACUGCAUCUGGUCCUGCAAGAAGUUCUCCAACUUGCAGGGAAAUCAAGGGGGUUGGUGGCAGGAUUGGAACUCCAGCCGCUCUAAAAACACUUCAUGCAGCUCUGAGACGACAGACAGGACUCAUUUCUGCUCACCGUAGCAUUAUGAAGGGGAUGGGGGAAAGCCCAUCAUCCCUGGAAGAGUCUAAACCAUUGGAGAGCCAAUGAGGUCAGGCCUGUUGGGGAUCAGAGCUGGUGUGGUGCUGAGGGCGUCACCUACUACACGGCAGCACUUGGGACAUCCCAAUUUGAGGCGGCCCAUCUGGCUAGGCACGUGGAAUGUCUUGUCUUUUUGGCAUGAUGAUCUUCCUCUGCUGUCGGAGGAUGCUUGUAAACUCUGCAUUUCAGUGGUGGCACUCUCUCAUGUGUGCAGACCUGGGAUUGGCCAGAUCUCUGUAGGUGGGGUACAUAUUUAUUGGUCUAUAUGCUCAGAUGGCUGUCAUACUUAGGGUGUAGCUGUUGCUGUUAUGGAUUGGCUCCAUCCAAUGGUGUCUGGUGUCACUCCUUUCAACGAGUGUAUUAUGAGACUCAGAUUAAGGUACUCUCUGUGUGCCAUGUCUGUUGUUUCAGUGUAUGCUUUGACCAUGGUGAGUGAUGUCUCAGUGAAUUAGACAUUUUAUUUGCAACUUCGCUUGGUGGUUAAUGGGUGCCCGUGAGGUGACACUCCUAUGGUCAUGGGUGACUUCAUUGUGACCACUGGCACUGACAGGGCUGACUAUGAGGAUUGGAUCUGGUGAGCGUGGUGAAAGUGGCUCCAUGUUCCUUGACUUUAAAAAAGGUCAGGGGCUGUGAAUCGCUAUAUACUAGUUCCAACGCCCUGAGCUGCAUUGUUGGACUUGGUACUCCAAUACUGGUUGUGUGGUGAAGGAGAUCGAUCACAUCCUCAUGGACAGACACUGGAGGGUUUUACAAAAAUGCAGUGUCUACAGAAGUGCCCAGUUUGUGCCCACAGAUUUGUUGUUGCUACUCUGAAAAUCCAGCUUAGAUCCAGUAGGCUACCACCUACUAGAAAAAUGAGGCAAGACCUGGCCAGAGACUCCAAGAUCAGGCUGUUUCUAAUGAGUCUGCGUGCAGUUUGUGUGAGGAACGUACAGACUUGGGGGUGACUGCUGAUUCUAAUGUGAUGUCAUGGAAAGUCUCCCACAAGACCUUGAACAAUCCUGAGGGUUGUGUUGGUGUUACUGGUGUUCCAGAGUUCCAGAAGGAGGUGUUUCAUCUCUCAGGGCACCCUGGAUAUCAUUGAGAAGAGUCACAGAGCACAGCUUAAAGGCAACUCCGGUCUGUACCAGAAAAUGAGAAGGACAGCAGCAAGGGCUCUGAGGGCAGAAAAGUAGGUGUUUGUUAGAGCAAUCUAUGAGCAAGUGACACACCAUAUACGGUCUAUUGACCUAUGUUUUCCUUAUAGAGGAAUCAAAGCAUUAUGCACAUCCGUAUCUGUUCCUUGGAGAGUAGCAGUCAUGACAGCUGAUGGAACAG